AUGGAGUGGUUGAAAAAACGGAAUAGAAAGGCAUUUCUCUUAAAAAUAGAUUUCGAGAAGGCGUAUGACAAUGUCAAUUGGAAUUUUUUGAUAUCUAUUAUGGAGCAAAUGGGUUUUCCAUCGACGUGGUGCAACUGGAUUAAAGGUAUUCUUAUAUCCUCGCGGGCCGCAGUUUUAGUGAAUGGCUCUCCAACUUUUGAAUUUAAAAUUGAAAAAGGUCUCCGUCAAGGAGAUCCACUUUCGCCUUUUUUAUUCUUGAUUGUUAUGGAAGCUUUAUCUUGGAUGUUGAAAAAAGCUAAGGCGAUUGGUGAGUUGAAGGGCAUUAAUUUUACAGAUGAUGAAGCCGACAUUACCCACCUUUUCUACGCGGACGACGCUCUUAUUUUAGGAGAGUGGUCUCGCGAGAAUCUUCAGAGCACCGCCCGGAUUCUUCGUGUUUUUUACUUAUGCUCGGGUGUAAGACCUUAA